GAUCAUAUUACUAUUGAGAAAGAGUAUAUUGUUACUGGGGAAAAUUAUGUUGCAACUGGGAAAAGGGAAGAACAAGUUGUUGAGAAAGAAUUUGUUGCUAUUGAGAAAGAGUUUGCUAUUACUGUUGUUCUGUAA